AUGUCGACGGCGGUGGCGGAGGUGCGGCCGCCCUACGGGUUCCCCGGAUCCGGCAAGGGGAGCGGCGGCGGGCACGGGAAGGAGGCGGACGUGGCGGCGGUCGGGAAGAGGAGGAGCGACGGCUUCUUCAUAGAGGAGGAGGCGGAGGAAGAGGUGCUGACCGAUACCUCGUCGAUCGGCACGCCGUCACCGUCGGGCUCGUCGAUCGGUGAGAAUUCCUCGUCGGAGGCCGGCGGGGACGACGGGGAGGAGGAGGUCGAGAGCAAGCUCAAGGAGGGCGAUGAGCUCGGUUGCUUGGAUGCGCUCGAGGACUCGUUGCCCAUCAAGAAGGGCCUCUCGAGCUUCUACUCCGGCAAGUCCAAGUCGUUCACCAGCCUCGCCGAGGCCACGUCGACGGUGGCGGCGGCCAAGGAACUGCUGGCCAAGCCGGAGAACCCCUUCAACAAGCGCCGCCGCAUCCUGGCCAACUGGUCCAGGCGAGCCUCCUGCAGCUCGCUGGCCACGGCCACCUACCUGCCUCCGCUGCUGGGCCCCGACCACGCCGUCGCCGAGGGGGACGAGGGCGAGGAGGACGACUCCGACGACGACGUGGAAUACAGCCAGCUGCCGCACCGCGGCAAGAACGUGAGGGACGCGCCGGCAUUGCCACUGCCUCCCACUAGGCUCGGCGGUGUUGGCAUGCAGAGGAGGAAUGGCCUUGGGAGCUUCAGAUCUCCUAGGUCCUUCUCACUGUCUGAUCUCCACAAUAGCAGCAGCACUGAUGGUAGUGAUUAG